UGGCUGGGAAUCCGAGAUGGGAAAACUUCAAGCAUUCGAAAUAAGUCUAACUGACAACAAAUUGGUUUACAGCCCUGGAGAGUCUAUAUCAGGCACUGUGAAAAUCACUACUGCUCAGGAUAUUCAGUGUAAAGCAAUCAAGGUGAAUUGCAAUGGUAUCUGUGUGGUGAGCAGUAAAGCCAAUGACACGGACUGGGCGGAGGAGGAGCAGUAUUUCAACAGCACCAUAUCUGUGGCAGAUAGAGGCACUCUAAAACAGGGUGAACACACGUUUCCCUUCAAGUUCCUCAUACCAGCCACAGCGCCGACCUCCUUUGAGGGACCAUUUGGACGGACCAUAUACAGGAUCAGAGCGUACGUUGACACUCCCCGUUUCUCUAAGGACUACAGAGCAGAGAAAGCCUUCUUCAUGCUCAAACCUCUCAACCUGAACGAUAUCCCUGAUAUACUGGGUAUCAGCGAAUCCUCUGUAACAAAGAAUUUCUCCUACAUGCUGAUGAAGAAUGGCACGGUCAUCCUGAAAGCUAAAAGUGACCUCAAAGGCUACGUACCCGGCCAGGUCAUCAAAGUGUGGGCGGAAAUCGACAACCAGUCAGGGAAAUCCACUGGUCACGUUGUCGCCAGUCUAAUGCAGAAAGUGACGUAUCGGACCAAGCGGCCGGUGCAGGACCUGCGGGCCAUAGCGGAGGUGGAGGGGAGAACAGUAAAGGGGGGGAAGAAGGCGGAGUGGGCGGAGCAGAUCAUCGUCCCCCCCCUCCCCCAGUCUCCUCUGGAAGGCUGUACUCUCAUCAGUAUCGAGUAUUUCAUCCAGGUCUCUCUGAAGUACCCGGAAACUUUAAUCACGUUACCCAUCCACAUCGGAGACAUCGCCGUCGACACCACGCGUCCGGCCCCCUCCCGACACGCCCCGCCCACCCCAGCACCCCGCGUUCCGGCCAGUUCGCCCAAUCCUACCUCUGGUUCUGGUUCUGGUUCUGGUUCUGGUUCAAGCCCCAGUCUCCCCCCGAGACCCGCCCCCAAGCCCAGACCUCGCAGUUACCACGCCUCCCCCAGUGCCCCGCCCGCCGAGCUGCCCCGAGUUGAGGCGAGCGGUACCCGGAACGAGACGGUCCCCAACAAGAGUCACUCUCAGCGGGGCGCCUCGGGGCCCCUGACUCCCAACGCUUUCAGUUACACCCCGGGCGCCUUUCCAGCCGCCCCUCGCCCGGGCAACGCCUCCGCGCCCCAGUUUUCCGUGUCCACUGGCGCCACCAUACCCUUCUUUGCGGAGGGCAAUGCCACGCCCGUCCCGCCAGACUAUAGGAGCUCUGCUUACCCACAUGAACCUCCUCCGUCCUAUGAAGAGAGCUUCACAAACACUUAAAGGAAGAAGAACAGACAGAAAACUAACAAAACGGACACUGAAGAUCAGCUACACUCCUCCUCUAUCACUUUUUUUUAAAAAAAAAAUCGCUGUCAUUUAUAUUUGUUUGUUUGUUUGUUUGUUUGUUUGUUUUUCCCCUUACUGUGAUAUUAGUACUACUGAGAGCAUGUACCAGAUCUGUGCAGAAACACACACACACACACACACACACACACACACACACACACCAGCAGCGUCGCUACGGGGUUCUGAUUUUGAUAAUGGAAAACUGUUUCUCUUAAACAAUACAAAUGGCAUCUGUGAUGCUCACCGUGCACCUACGGUUCCUCUUUCUUUCUUUUUAACCACUGCCAAGUCAUUUCCCUUUUUUU